AUGGCUUCCCGGCGCCUAGCUUUCAACCUUAACCAGGCCCUCCGGACCAAGGCGGCCCUGAAGUCCAUUCAGCCCGUCAAGCGAGGCUUUGCUUCACCGGUUGCGCUGCCUUCCACCACCCAGUCCACCACCCUCUCCAACGGCUUCACGAUCGCCACUGAGCACUCCCCAUGGGCUCAGACCUCCACCGUCGGUGUCUGGAUCGAUGCCGGUAGCCGGUCAGAGACUGACAAGACCAACGGAACUGCCCACUUCCUUGAGCACCUUGCCUUCAAGGGUACCAACAAGCGCUCCCAGCACCAAUUGGAGCUCGAGAUUGAGAACAUGGGUGCUCACCUUAACGCUUACACCUCGCGCGAGAACACUGUCUACUACGCCAAGUCCUUCAACGCCGAUGUCCCCAAGGCCGUCGACAUCCUCUCCGAUAUCCUCCAGAACUCUAAGCUCGAAGCCGGUGCUAUUGAGCGUGAGCGUGAUGUGAUUCUGCGCGAGCAGGAGGAGGUUGACAAGCAGCUCGAGGAGGUUGUUUUCGACCACCUGCACGCUACUGCCUACCAGGGCCAGCCCCUUGGCCGCACCAUCCUCGGCCCCAAGGAGAACAUUCAGACCAUCUCCCGUGACAACCUGACCGACUACAUUAAGACCAACUACACUGCCGACCGCAUGGUCCUGGUUGGUGCUGGUGGUAUCCCCCACGAGCAGCUUGUCCGCCUCGCCGAGGAGCACUUCGGCAGCCUGCCCAGCAAGGCCCCUACCUCCGCUGCUCAGGCCCUUACUGCUGAGAUGAAGCGCACCCCCGAGUUCAUUGGCUCUGAGGUUCGUCUCCGUGAUGACACCAUUCCUUCCGCCCACAUUGCUCUCGCCGUUGAGGGUGUCAGUUGGAAGGAUGACGACUACUUCACUGCUCUGGUCACCCAGGCCAUCGUUGGUAACUGGGACCGUGCUAUGGGCCAGUCUCCCUUCCUCGGUAGCAAGCUCAGCUCCACUGUCAGCAAGCACCAGCUCGCUAACAGCUUCAUGAGCUUCUCCACCAGCUACAGUGACACUGGUCUCUGGGGUAUCUACCUGGUUUCCGAGAACCUGACCGCUCUCGAUGACCUCAUCCACUUCACUCUCCGCGAGUGGUCUCGUCUGUGCAACAACGUUACCUCCGCUGAGGUUGAGCGUGCUAAGGCUCAGCUCAAGGCCUCCAUCCUCCUCUCCCUGGAUGGUACCACCGCUGUUGCCGAGGACAUCGGUCGCCAGAUCAUCACCACUGGCCGCCGCCUCAGCCCCGAGGACGUUGAGCGUGCUGUGGGUGCUGUUACCGAGAAGGAUGUCAUGGACUUCGCCACCCGCAAGCUGUGGGACCAGGACCUUGCCAUGAGUGCUGUCGGUAGCAUUGAGGGUAUCUUCGAUUACCAGCGUAUCCGUGCUGAUAUGUCUCGCAACCUUUCUUAA